GCGUUGCAAUGAGGGAAGAGUGCUGCUCAUUUUCAACCUUCACGCCGGACAGGAGUACAGGCUUUUAAAUGUUCCUACCCGCGCAGUUACAUUAAGAGCUCACAAAUGAGCAUUGGGGGCACCCCGCUGCGACUCGGCGCCGGCGGCUGGGCUUGUGGCUACACAGCCAGCCCCGCCCCCUCGAGCCUGCGCUGGUCAGCGGCACGCCGUGCGCAUAUGACGUCGCGGCUUGUACAUGCGACACAAACCUCAGCAUCAAGAGCCCGAGACUUGGCGGGUCCUGUGGCGAACGGGCCCGUGGCAAGUCCGCUGGCACCUUCGCAGGUAUCAACACACAUACCCGCCGCCAGCGGAUCCAUGGCCAGCCCAACCGGCGUUACAGAGCCCGCCGCUCCCACUGCCCGUAGCAGGCAGCACUCAGGGGUUAACCGAAGCAUAACUGGCCGCAGCGGCAAGCGCCGAUCAACCAGCAUGGACAAACCGGAGGGCAGUGAUGGCCUGCGCCUAAAGGGUUCCUUUCCUCGCUCACCUGCCCAGAUCACGGCCGCCUUCACCAGCUGCACCUCUCUGGAGCAGCUGCUGGCAACACUGCAGUCACUGCAUGUGGCCGGUUCAGAGGUUGAGGCUGUUGAAGCGUCGCUUGGAGUUGCGGCCGCAGCGGACGCAAAGGCCACGGAGGAGCACUUGAUUGAGAGAGCCCAGGCACGCACACACCGCGAGGGGCCUGCCGCGCACUCACCUCCUCGGCGCCGCACCCUGAAUGCGGUGCAGCUGAGUGCGGCACUUACAACUGCAGAGUGGCUGGCCAGUAGGGCGUCCGAGGGAGAAGGCGGACGCGCAAGUGAGGCCGCUGUUGUCGGAGCAUCACCCGGCCCAGCCUCGACCCGUGCAGACGGCGGCACCAGGCCCCAGGGCACUGCCUCCGCGGCCGGCCUGCUCGCGCCACCCUGCCGGCCGCUGUCGCCGCCUGUGGCGACUGCGCUGGGGGGUGUUCUGGCCCGUCAUUCGGAGGUGCUAGCGGACGCCAACCCGCCCGAGAUGGCGGCGGCCAUGUGGGCGGCAGCGCGGCUGCGGCUGCGGCUGCCGCGUGAGGCGCUGGAGCCAGUGCUGGAGGCUGUGUGGCUGUGGGACCCGGCGGACCUGGCAGCAAACCGCCAGGAGUGGGAAGAGGCAGAUGCGGGGGAGGCGGAAGCAGGAGCGCCCACGCAGCUACGGCGCCGGGGCCGCCAGGGAGCUGCCGCUGACUCCAUGGGUGCCCGCGAGCUGUGCCUGCUGCUGUACUCGGUGUCGGUGCUGCAGCCCGACUACCUGCGCCGCAACGCCGGCGGCUUCCUGGAGGCACUCAACAGCUACGAGGCGGCGGCGGAGGCGGCGGGGGCGGGAGCGGGGGCAGGAAGACAGGGCGGGCGAGCAGGCGGCGGGCUGGCGGGCGGCCGCUUGUCUCGGGAGCAGGUGGUGGGAAUUGUGAGUGCAUUGGCGAGGGCAGGCGCGCGGCUGGACGAGGAGGGCAUGGAGUUUGUGAUGCAGGCCUGCUCCUGCCGCCUGAGCGCCUUCAGCACCGCGCAGCUUUCCGGACUGCUGGCCGCCACACAGCGCUGGUCAUCAGGCACAGGGGGUGAGGGCGCUGGGUCCAGGGCCGUGGUCCACGUGCCCGAGGUGCGGCUGCUGCACAGCCAGCUGCUGCAGGAGCUGCUCGCGCGCCUGGACCAGGAGCAGCAGCGGCACUUGGACCGCAAGCUGCAGGAGCGGGAGCAGCAGGAGCGGGAGCAGCAGGCGCAGACAGGCCCUGGUCGGGGUGGUUGCACGCAGUCGGUGCAGAGGGCGCGCCUACAGGGCGGCAGCAGCAGCAGCAGUGCCGACCCAGUGGUGGGUCGGGCGCUGGUCACUGCGCUGCAGGCCUGUGUGCACGCGGCCCAGACACCCACGCGCAGGCCCGGCAGCAGUGGCGGCGACGGCGGCGACCGCGCGCAAACGUACGGUGGAAGUGCCGGCAGCCGCGUACGUGACCAUGGCGGCGACAGCGGCCCCGGCGUCCGCGUCACUGUGCCAUACCCUGUGCUCAGCCGCCUGUUGCGGCAGGUGCGGCACCGUGCCGCCUGCCUGGGCUCCCGGGAGGUGUGUGAGGCGCUGCGGCUGAUGGCGGAGCUGCGGCGCGGCGGCCACCAGCCCGGCAUCGCGGCGUGGAAGGAGGGGCUGAGGGCGCUGCUGCAGCGCUGGGCACAGUGCCUACAGCCGGGCGAGGGAGGACAGGCAUGCGCGGCCAUGGCGGAGGGUGAUGGCAACGGCAGCAGCCCCACGGGCGCCAGCAUGGCAGCUGAGGACGCCCGCACGCUGGCCACCACCCUGCACGCAGUGAAGCAGCUGGGCGUGCGGCUGCAUGCGCGGGAGUCGGCAGCGGUGGCGGCCGCGCUGUGGCGGCAGGCGCCUGUCAUGCGGCAGCUGGCGGACUGCGCCAUGUGCCUCACAGCCGUGGAGGACGGAGUGCUGGCGGGGCCGGGGGCGGACAGCGAGACAGCGCGUGGGCCGCAAGUGCUCGGCGAGCAGGCGGGGGCGUCUGAUGUCGACUUGGGAGCGGAGUGGACUUGGCAGGCUAGCACCCACCUUGCUGCUGGGGAUGCAGGAAACAUGGGUGGUGGGUCUAUGAGGCUUGGCGUGGCCGAACGGCACGCAGUAGACGCGCUGCUGAGGCGGUCCGGGGAAUUGCUGCGGCAGCAACACCUGCAGCAGCAUGGCCGGCAACCGCAGCUGAUGGGGGGGCAAGAGGUGACGCACACGGCAGGCCGUCGCCCCCAGCAGCACCGGCAGAGAGUGGGCGAGCUAGUGUGCCUUGUGCGUGCAGCGGCUGCGGCCGGGGCCUACCCGCCUGCGGACUGGUGGGCUGCUUGGGGCGGCUGCGUCCAGCUGCACGGGCGCACGUUCAGUGCGGCCGAGGCUGCGGACGUGCUGUUCAGCCUGGCACGGCUGCAGCAGCGGCAGCAGCCAUGGAAGUGGCGAACGGCUAUGGAGCGAAGGCGUAGCAGCCAGCAGACGUUGCAGGGCGCCCGUAAGCGCCAACGUGCGGUGAAGCCAGCGAGCGGCAAUGCACACUCGGCGACUACCACGUCGUCUGGCGGCGGUCUUGCUACUCAAGUGUCAGCGCAGGGGUGUGUGCUCCCACUUCCGAUACCUAGGCAUCUGCUGGUGGCGCUGUUGGCUGUGGCUCUGGGGGUGCCCCCCGAGCCUGGCAGCUCCCAAGCAGCAUCCGGCAGUCGUCGCGGCACCGGCCUGGGCCCCAUCAGCGCCUACUACCUGGUGUGGGCGGUGGAGCGGCUACAGCUCAGUGCUGACGUGGAGCCGACGCUGUGGGCGGUGCCGCUGUCGGCCGCAGUCACUCGCGCGCUACCGCUGCUGACGCCGCGCAAGCAGGUGCACCUGAUGCGCAGUGCCACACGUGCCUGGCGCGCUGCCAACCUGCAGCUGCCGGCUCCGGUGGUUCAGUCCUGGUGGCGGUCGUUUGGUUCAGCAGCCGUGGCCCAAGCGCAGGCUGCCACACUCGCCCACGCCGCUGCAGUCACCGCCGAGGCCGGGCUGGUGCCGCCCCCGGGCUGGGCGGCGGAGAUGUGCCGGGCUGCGGCGGCGUGUGCAGGUCAGCUGAGUGCACGUGAUGCGGCGGCCCUGGUGUCGGGGAUGCGGCUGCGGCGACGUCUGGGGCUGCACAGCCGCAGCACACUCUCAGCUGCACAGCUACGCCUCGACGGCAGCGGCGCAGACCGUGCGGAAAGUCCUGCUGCUGCUGCUGCUCCUUUGGCAGGGGCAGUGAACGAGGAGCUGGGGCUGGCACGAGUGCUGCUCAGGGCCAUGCGGCGCAAGGCCACUCAGCCGCCGGGCGCCCGGGACAGGGCCUUGGCGCGGCAACUGGCCUGGCUGCUGUCCCGCUUUCUGGCGGCCGCACAAGGGGCCGGGAGCAGCAGCCGUUCCAGUAGCAGCUCCGAGGUCGGCGACCUGAGUAGCCUGGCAGCUGGGGGCAGACCUGGUAGGCAGGCUUCCAAGGACGGGGCCGCUGCAGCACCGGUCGCCACGGCGGUCACUUUGCGCCUGGCGCCCCGACCCCAGCUGUUCUUUAGGCGCUAACUGAUGGCCCGCGUACGGUACACUACAUGACGAGCUUUGACCAUGUGUGUUGCCGUGGCCUAUGACGAAGACAAUAGGGUGUGCAUAAUGUAUCAACUCUGUCAAGUAUGCAGUGGAGGCUCUUGGCAGGGAGUUCGGGCGAUGUGUGCGGAAGGGGGGGGGGGGCGUUCAGAAGUUUAGGGGUCAGAUGAAGACGG